CGCUCAUUGCAUCGCGGGCCGUUUCGGCGUCCAAGCUGAUGGAUCAGCUGCUCGACGAAGCCUUGAGGGUCAACGACGGCAAUGAAGGAGAGAUGGUCCGGCUCAUGAUUGACAUCGUUGCGGAAGCAAGAGACAAUUCGCUUUUGCAGAUGCAAGCAAUCGACAUUGCGGGUCAGCUCGUGCAGCGAAGGCUUGCCAUGCUACAACCUGUCGAUAAGUGUCCUUCGUCUUGUCAACCGGUGCGCAAAACAUCGUUGCAAUCAAGCUCUCUCGCUCUGAGCUCGUCCGCAUCAACGGAAACGGACAGUAUCGUGGGACGCUUGCUCUUUCUGGCAAUGAAAACUCAAGCCGAGCCAAUUCUUCUGGAAGCCGUCCUGUCGCUUCUCACCGAGUUGUUCAUGUUUGAUGCACACCCCACGGAUUUGAUUGCGUUGUGGCGGACUAUUCAAAACGCCGGCUCCGAGCUGCGCUAUCGCCUGCUCCAACUGGCGCAAACAGGAUUUGAAGGCGACACCGACGAUGCCUGCCGUCAAGUGUUUGUCAUGCGUGGUCAGCAUGCUGGAAUCAUUGCGCCGCCCAGCACAUCACUUCCGCUCAAGAAAGGAUACACAUUUUGUACAAGCAUCCAAGUCGAUGCCUCCACGCAUUCCAUGGCUCUAUACAGUUUUCGCGGCGAAAACGGUCAUGGAGUGUCCGCCAGCAUCGACGGCGAUGCUCUCGUUCUGUCGUCGUUCACUUCCCAAGGCAGUUUCUUCAACCUUCAAGUCCCGUUGAACGGCCGCCGACCUGCCAUGCAUCGUUCAUGGACGCAUGUGGCUAUUGUGCAUGCCAAGAAGAUGGUGUUCAAGGACAAAAUCCACGUUUACAUGGACGGCCAGCAGGUUUUCGUCGGCAAUUUGCCCUACCCGGAUGCCCUGCAGAUGGCCGGAGGUCACAAUUGCGUCGGGGCGACACCGCAGUUCCCAUCGUUCCAAGGUCAGAUGUACGCCCCAACCCUGUUCGGCUUUUCAUUAUCUGACGCGGAAGUGGCGCUGUUGCAUCCGUCAGUCACGCCACACGGCAGUCCGCCCUCGAACGUGAUGCAGCAGUGGCUGUGGGAGAAUGCUUCUCUCACCGACAAGUCCAAAUUCGUCUUUUCCUACGAUGCACGAGUAUGUAGUUCGGCAGAUGAGAGCAUCUGCUACGACGUCAGCGGCAACUGCGCCAACGGGUGGCUCGAGCCAGGCACACGCAGCCUGUGUCGAUCGACCCUCGGCAGAGCCAUUGCUCCCUUGGGUGGUACUGCAACGUUCUUGCUCCUGCUCUUUGAUCCUGCAGUGAGCGCCAUGGAGGCCGUGCGGGUCCUGCGACUUGUUGCGUCAGGACUGCAACACAAUCGACGGUGCCGGUCGCAGUAUAUUCGAUGGCACGGGUCAAAGGUUGUCGCCCACUUACUCACUCUGCUGCCAACGCCAGCCCUCACGAACGAUCUCCUGGAUGCCGUCAUUGACCUGUUCGACACGGUCGCUGUGCAUGUGAAAAAGCUGCGGCUACGCACGAUGGUCCUGUCGCUGUUUGCGUUGAAUCCGGUCUGGUUCCAUGCUCCAUGGGCAUGCCAAGUGCGCCUUUUGGAGUCCGUUUUGCCUCAAUACAUUACAUUGCUGGAGCAACCCUUGCCGAUCGACGGAAUGACGAUGGGGGUCGACCACUGGUGCCAAUUCAUGACGAAAUGGUAUGCAGCACCGUCCGAGUCAAUGGAAUCGGCCGUAUGCUGCAAGAUUAUCCUGGACAAACUAAUUGACCCCCUGCUCUUUCCCAAGCACCACGUGCUGGAUGAAUCGGACAGGUGGGUCGCUCUCAUUCGGCAUCUCGACUCGCGGAUGCAAGGCAUUGCGACGUCCUGGUCGACGUGCCAGCUGCAAUCCAUUUGCGACGUUCAAGAGAUGUUUCGGUAUUUUACGCGGACGCUAUCCAUGCCGGACACAGCAGGGUUGUCGUCACCUCCGAGCCGAAAACUCAUCUUCAAGCUGCAGAAACACGCCCCACUCACAGUGUGGUACACGUGGCUCGCGACUCCAUCGGCAGACGUGCGACUGCCUGUCCUGCAGGCGUUCGAAGCGAUGACGGCGCAACUACACUUGCGAUUCCCGGACGCUGUGUUGUUUCAUAACGCGUUGAGCCCCCACUCGAUCGACAUGCAGCAGUCCCAAGUGAUUCUGGACGUGUGUUUGGGUUCCCGUAGCUCGACCACAGGCACCAGGCAAACGUCGACGCCGCGCGGGCACUUUAUCCCGGUCGUCCUGCUCAAACUCUUGGCGUCUGCAACCUCUGUCGACUACCGCAUGCAGCUGUAUAUGCUGUACGAAUUGCGCUUGAUCUUGCGGGGCCAGACCAACAGCGACAUUUUCAAAGAAUACAUUCGCGUCGAUCCAGAAUGGCUCAGCAUUCUUCUCUCGAUCCAAGGACAGCGGCGCCGAGGCGACGAUGAUACGAAUCGCCACGCGUCUCAUGCACCCCUUACAAAAGAGACGUCCAACCCGCCGCUGAACCACUGCCAACUGAAUGACUACUGCAUGACGUUGUGCGAUGACACAGCCUCCAUGGAAACCCGCAUCCACAUCAUUCACUCGAUCGGAGCAUCCCACGACACGUAUGGAGCUGAAUUCAUGCUGACGGUGCUCGACCAGGCGUGUGCGCCCCUCCAGGUUAAGCAAGCAAUCCUUGACACAGUCAUGCAUUCGUUCCCAGAUCACUCGGCUCAACUGAUCGAGUCAAUCUGCACCGAUAUCGCCGUCGACAUCAUUGUGUACAGCCUCCGGAACGUCAACCACGGGUGGCUCCACGUGCUCGAGGCAUAUUUUUACAUGUACAAAACCCCCACGCGUUGCGCCGCGCUCUUCGCGGCGGUGGCUGACGCGUUGUUGGCGACCUCUGUCGAGGACAAGCCACUGCAGUGGGAAAACUACAGUCAGUUUUGCAGCUUCUUGGCGUUGUUGUACUUUGUCGCUGACGGCAUGCAGUGUUCGCUACCAGACGAGUCAAGUCACGUGGCACUGCUCCGGAAGGCACGCGACCUGUGGCUGCAAGUGCUUUCUCGUUUGCCGGUCGUCGCAUGGAACGAAGACCAAGGAGACCACGUCGAUAGCGUACUCCACCAAUUGUUUGCCACGUACCCGUUGACGCGCCGCCUCGCAUUGUACUCGAUGUUCCAAACGAUCAAAGCGGCCCUGUUGACCACCGGUCGUGCGUCGGCAGACGUGGGAAGGUUGCGCGAUUCGUUUGAAGAGCUGCGUGUGAUUUCCGUCGUGAAAGGCGACCAAAUUACGGAACCCACGAUGCACCCACACUUUUUGCUGUCUGUCCUCACCGAGCUGCAUGGGUUGUGGGCGCUGGCAGCAGACGCGCUGGAAAAGGUGACUCUGAAAGAGCUCAUUCAUUCUGUGGCGCUGGAGGCGCUGGGACGAGUGGGGACGGACAGCGAACUUGCGCACGCCCUCAUGGGCAUCACUGCGCUUCCACCAGACAGCUCGAUCGUACUCUGGGCGCCAUUCAUGCAAGUAGUGUCCAAGUACAGCAUGGAGGCGCAAGACGAAGUGAACAGCCACGUUGAUGGAUUUGUCGCCAAAUGGAAACACCUUGUCCAGACGAAUGCCGUGUUCAAUGUGGAGAUGACGAUGCAAGAUGUCGAACAGCGCACUGUUGUAUUGUCAGUUCACACCCAAGACGUGGCGAUGCUUCGCCUUUCGAGUGACGACGACGACGAAGUUGGCGGUGUGUGUGGAGGCAGCCUGGACCACAUGAUUGAACAAGAAGCUGCAGACACCACGGCGACUGCACAGCGCUUCAAAUCCCAACUCGAACAGUGUUUACGUCCUCUCGUGUCGGACAAUGCACGUGCUGUAGCUUCCUCGACGAUGGUGUUAUCGUCCCAGCAGGCAUUGAAGUUGUCGACAGCCGAGAAUCGAUGGCGCAUGCGGUUGGGUUUGAAAGUCAUUCAACGCCCAAUGCACCCCGAGGCGAGUGGCGCCGCAGAUGCCUCGACGACUUCGCUGGCGUCGUCCGCGACCAUUUCGGCGAUGGCAUCAAGCUGGCGAAGCGAUACUGGCACUGUUCAAGGCCUGACCGACAUGUUGAGCGAUGCCAAUGUCCGCGCUGUCCUUCGCACCGCCACGUCAAGCAACGUAGAAGACAACGAACGCGCAUUUGACGAAAUGCUCGAGGAGGACGACGUCAGCCCGAACGACGGAAGCGCGUCCCCGCAGAUCUCCGCGGCUGCAUCACCCCCUGCACCGCCGCCAAGUCCAUUCAAAUCAUUGAAUAGUCAACUCAGUGGGGGGAGUUUUGGGAAACCCCGACGCAAGUCGUCGGCCGAUUUUCCCGCGAAAAACAACUCAUCCGAUUUUGUCUGUUCAGCUCGCUUGGUCCGACAAAUGUACAUCAUGGCGGGCGAAGUUCGCAUCAACGAGUCGGAAUUGGUGUUUUACCCGUUUUCGAUUGUCGACGAGCACGACCAAGAAGUUGUUGUGCACGAGCAGAACCAACACGAAUCACAAGAAUACGCCGACGACACGGCCCGCCUGCUGCGGCCGCGGCGCCUUCGCCUCGACGAUAUAUGCCAAAUCUACGGGCGAAGGUACCUCCUCAAGCUGACGGCGCUCGAAAUCUUUAUCGCGUCGACGCGAAAAAACUACUUUUUCCACUUUGCCACGACGCCCAUCACCGACGUGCACAGUGCGAUUCUCGGCCGACGCCCGAUGCGUUUGGUCGCAAACCCCGACUGGAAGCGGCUGCAUCGGCAUCCGUCGCACGUGUUUCGACAUGCAGAAAAGACGCAGUUGUGGGUCAACCACGAGAUCUCGACGUUCGAGUACCUCAUGUGGCUGAAUACCGUGUCUGGCCGGACGUACAACGAUCUGACGCAAUACCCCGUGUUCCCGUGGAUUCUGGCAGACUACACGUCGCAGACGCUCGACUUGUCGCGACCGACGACGUUCCGCGACUUGAGCAAGCCCAUGGGGGCCCUCGAUCUACCGCGACUCGAGUUUUUCAAGCAACGAUAUGCUGCAUUCGACGACCCCGACAUUCCCAAAUUCAUGUAUGGUUCGCACUACUCACACAUUGGAGCCGUGUUGUAUUACCUCGUUCGUGUGGAACCGUUUACGUCGCUGGCGCGCCGCGUCCAAGGUGGCCGGUUUGACCACGCCGAUCGGCUCUUUCACUCGAUUGCGGACACGUGGGCGAAUUGUUUGACCGAUACGAGCGACCUCAAGGAGCUCACGCCCGAGUGGUUUUACAGCACGGCAUUUCUUCACAACCACAGCAACAUUGAGCUUGGCACGCGACAAAACGGAGUGCAGCUCCACGACGUUGUCUUGCCACCGUACGCGGCCUCGCCGCACGACUUUAUUGCCAAGCACAUGCAGGCCCUGGAAAGCGAUUACGUGUCGCAGCACAUUCAUCUGUGGAUCGAUCUGGUGUUUGGCAACAAGCAGCGCGGGCCGGCCGCGUUGGACGCUCACAAUGUGUUUUUUUAUCUGACCUACGAAGGAAUGGUCGAUAUCGAUGCCAUCACAGACCCAGUGCUCCAGGCGUCGAUGCGCGCGCAAAUUGCCCACUUUGGCCAGACGCCGUCGCAGUUGCUCCGAGAGCCGCAUGUCCCUCGGAAUGUACCAUCAUCUCGUGAGUCGAACGUGGGCCAUGCACCGAUCGUCGUGCCACUCCUGCUUCCCCACGUCCAUCCGAUUGCCCUGGUCGAGUUCUUGACGUCAACAACGUUGCUCUGCCUGGACACGACCGGUAUGGUGUCGAUUCAAAAGUUUUCGUCUCCGUUCAGUGCCUCCGCGAGACUACCAUCGGCGUCGCCCACCGUGGCGUCGACGGCUCGUCCAACUGGGGCGCUGUCCCCACAACGACAUGGUGGGUCCUCUCGUGGUGGGGAGACCUCAAGCAUCGUGGAAAUCGUGGACCGCAAAUGUCGGCGCGUCCUUCCAGACUAUGCUUGGCUGCGGAAAGACUUGGUUUGGACCGUCAUCGGGACCGCUGUUGUCACGGGAGGUCAUGCCGACGGAACUGUUCGAAGCUACGCCAUCUCUGACGGGGCAUUCCUGGGCAGUAUCCUUCAUCACGCAGCCAAAGUUACGUGCUUGGUGCAAUGCAACAACAACGCUUUGGUGUGCGGCAGCGCCGACGGCACAAUUUCCGCAUGGACGUUGGUUCCAUCGUCGGGAUGGACUUCCAUCCUGGAUACGCUCAACAUUUUUAAACCAACCACCAAGCGGAUCGUCGUCGAGCACGACUACAGCCCAAGGCUAACGUACCUUGGCCACGGCAGCCCCAUUACGGCACUUGAUGUCCGCGAAGAUUUGGAUGUUGUCGUGAGCGGGUCGUUUGAGCGAUGUUUGGUUCAUGCAAUGUCAACGGGAGCGCUUGUGCUGGAGCUGGCAUUGCCACCAGGCAGUGUUGUCCACGCUGUGGCAGUCUGCACGGUGGGAUGGAUAGUCGUGUCGCUUUCGACAGACAGUGGAAAAGGCGACAGCUCAUCAAGACUCCGGUCCUACUCGCUUCAAGGAGAGAUGUUGGCGGAGACGACGACAGCGCUUCCUGUGGCAACGCUUGUUCCAUUCGCCCGCACAGGGCACGUUGUAGCGGCGGGGCCGAUGGGAGCCAACAUACUGGCGGUGCAUUCAAUGGCCAGAGUCCAGCCGCUAACAACGGUCGGCGUUAACAGCGCCGCGCUGUCGAUCGACGAAAAGUUUGUCGUGUUGGGGCUGGACGUGAUGCCGGCCCAAAUGCUGUCAAUUAGCAUGUCCACCUCGUUCCCUUGACAGUUUCAACUGUUUGGAACGCGUUUGAAACAAAUGAAAUAUUGAACAAUCUAUACUCCAGAGUGAGAGAAACUAUUUUAAAUCCAUUUGAAAUGCAUUUGAAACCCAC